GUUUGUAAUUGAAUUCAAUAUUUAUUUUCUAAGCACAUAAAAAACACUCUUCAAUUAUAAUUUAAAUGCAAAUCUGGCAAAUAUUCACUGCAUUUCUACUUUCAACAGAACAAGCGCAAAAAAGCUAAUCAAAGGAAGAAUGUACGUGCUAGUUGAAUUCACUGAUGAAAAAUGUUUAGCUGUAAUUCCGGACAAAUGGCGUGAUGGAACAAAAUGUGCUUUAUGGCCAAGCUGGAAGGUAUCUUCUAAAAUUACUAAAGCUGCAAUGAAGAAGAUUGAGCCGCAGGGUGAUUGGCAAUCCUUCCCAAUCCGUGAAUUGUACGAACAUGAAUCAUAUGAUAAGGUACGAAAGAAGCUGCGUGAAGCAGAAGAUGAAUCUGACCUAGCAACUGCCUUAGAGGCUAGUGAAGAUGAGGCAGAUUCAUACCGCCGAUCAAAGAGAAAAAUCAGAAAAACAGUAUUUUCUUCAUCUGAUGAAGAUGAGGACAGGCAUGAUUUUACUGCUGUUUCACGCAGUAAGAUAACAGAGGAAGGGUCUCAGGAAGAAGUUCAAUCAAUGCUUUUGACAGUUUCUAAAUCAUCACCACCGUCUUCCAUCUCACCACCAUCUUCCAUCUCAUCACCACUGUCUUCCAUCUCAUCACCACUGCCUUCAACAAAAUCGCCAUCUCUUCCAAAACCACCGCCACGUAUCCCAUUGGCAACCACUCCAAAUGUGAAAGUUGGCUCAAAGACGCAAGAAACAGCAGCUCCAGAUGCAAAUAGAGAUCAUGUUCGCUUCUCAAGAGAAGUGUUCACUAGUAUCGAAAAAAUUAGAAUCGAACAAAACCAGCAACGUAGAAUGCUUGAAACUCUUCUAGAUAUGGUACAGGAGCUAGGAGCAUCAAAAGUGAGCAGCUCCAGUACCUUCAGUCUGCCUGAAGGUAUUACCCUUCCCCUCCAAUCUUUGGAGGAUGUUGAAGGGUUAGAAAAAGAGUUGAGACAACAGACUGUUCUCAACAACAUGGUCAACUACCUGUCUUUGAUUGGCGGAAAAACACACCAGAUAUGGUCAGCGCGAUUCUGAGCCAUGUAAUCAAAAGCCGUUUGGCAGAGAGUUACAACUGGUACGGAAAGAAAGGAAAGCUUAAAUUUGGAUCGUUGAAAAUAGCGGAAGUGAUUUGUAAGGCAGUGCAGAAGACCACACCAGGAACAACCACAGCAGAGGUCGAAUUUAUAACCAGAGAAUGGUUGAGGACAGCCAAAGACCGUGAGGGAGGUCGUAAAAAUAGAAAGGCAGCCACAAAUACCUCAAGUGAAAAUUUAGAAAACUGAGAUUUCAAAACUGUCCUCCAAAAAAGAUACAUAAUUAUACUUACAUGGACUGAUAAAACAUGAGAACUUUCAUUAGCAUUUAAAUACUGUUUACUAGUUAUGCACCAUUUAUUUUCUCUCUUUUUUCUGUAAAUCACCAAUGUGAAAGCUUUGAUAAAGCAUGUGGAAAAAAUCAUUGAUUUAAAAAUGUUAGUAUCAUGAAAUAUUGUGGGUCCCUUGCACUGACAGAAGUAGAUGUAAAUUUUUAUUUCAAAGUAUGUUUCCUUGAAAUAUGGAGGAUGUAGAAUGAGUAGGUUUUAUACUAAAUUUAUUGAACAAGUUGAAUAAAAUCAUUAUGCGAGCAUAAUAUUGUUUUAUUCAACGAGUUCAAUAAAUUAAGUGUUGAAUCUACAAAAAUAUAAUAUUCUAUUUAUCACAUAUUCAAAAAAAGAAAAGUUUAUUGUAGUGCUGUCAUAGAUUCAGUGCAAAGCAUAUUGACGAUACAUUGAUAUCGGCUGACUAAAUAUUGGCAUUACACCAAUAUAUCUAAAAAUACUCUUAUUUUCUUAUACCUGUUUAAAAUGAUUUUAGUAAAAUAGAUAGGUUGUGUACCUUUGCAUGAUUUUUUUUCUGAUUAUAUUUUGUCAUAACUGCUAUGAAAUGUGUCCAUUAUGGAGCAACAGCUUAGUGUUAGACACGGCCAUCUGCUUUUGUGUAUCUUUUUAGUGAAUUUUCAUUUUUUAUAGACCUUUAAACAAUCAAUUUUUUUCAAUUUUGUAUUGAUUAUUGUUCAACAGAAAAUAUCAAUGAUACAUCGAUAUUGUCUCUAUCGAUGACUGCUCUAGUUUACUGUUGCUUUAACGCCAUGUUUAUAGAUAGUGCAAAUGUGUCCCAUAAAAUUGUUAUUACACUAGUGUAAUAUCGGUUUUAUUAAAUGGCUUUAUUACACUCCUGUGCCGCGGUUUAUGUAAUAAGAGACAAGAGGUUCUGUAUUUAAACUUUAUUUUUGUACUUUGACACACACA